ACAUGUAGGUAUAGAUAUAGUAGUCAAACGAGCGCCAUGCGGCCCGCGUGUCAACAAUGUUUUUGUUUGGCGAUUAUUAUUGAUAGUAUAUGACACAAAUAGUAAAUAAGUAUGCGAAACGCAUUGGUUUAUCUAUAUUUAAAGUUACCGAAUCAGUUUUGAACAUGUCAUCGACUACUAGUACCGGGAAAUCUUCCGACGAAAUAAGUGGUUAUAUUUUAUGCGAAAAAGAUGAACUUGAUUUGGGAAUAACGCUGAAAGGAGGUCAGAGUUUUAGGUAAUAUAAACCAUCACGUCAUUCCUGAGCCUUUUAUGUAUGAUGAAAGAAAAUGGGAUUAAAUGUGGGUAGAAUGCAGCGAUGGGAACAGUUAUCGUGGAGUUUUUAACAGUGCACUUUGGACACUGUCUCAAAGUGAUAAUAAAUUGUUUUACACAAGACAUGGAUCAAAAAAAGGUUUUCAAUGUGAUAAGGCAUUAUCUAAUUACUUUAGAUUGGAUGUGUCUCUAAAAGAAAAUCUCAAAUCAUGGGCUGGCACCGAUUCCCACUUUAAGACUACUUAUGAUAAAAUAGGAGCAGUGAGAAUACUGAAUCAAGAUGUUGUUGAAAAUCUGUUUUCGUUUAUUUGCAGUUCAAACAACAAUAUAACAAGGAUAUCAGGUAUGGUUGAUAAAUUGUGCAGGUUGUUUGGGGAAUACAUUUGCACAGUUGAGGGCCAGGAUUAUUAUGAUUUUCCAAAAAUUGAGAAACUUUCCAGUUCAGAAUUGGAAAAUAUUCUCAGAAAAGAAGGAUUUGGGUAUCGAGCUGGGUAUAUUGUCAAAAGUGCUAAAAAAUUGUUGUCUUUGGGAGAAGACUGGCUUCUGGGAUUAAAAAAAGAGAAUGGUGCAACGUAUGAACAUGCGAGAGAAAGUCUCAUGUCUCUACCAGGUAUAGGCCCUAAAGUAGCAGAUUGUAUUUGUCUUAUGUCAUUGGGACACUUAGAAUCUAUUCCUGUAGAUACACACAUAUUUCAAGUUGCUUGUUCUAAUUACACACCUCACUUGAGUAAGCAAAAAACAGUGACGCCCAAAAUACACCAGGAAGUUAGUUCUCAUUUACGUGAGUUGUGGGGUCCACUGGCUGGUUGGGCUCAGGCUAUUGUGUUUUGUGUUAAAAUCAAUUCGACUAGCAGUAAAACAAGUAAAAAACGUCCCAUUUCAAAAGCUGAGAAAAAGAAGUCUGUAAAAACUAAAGUUGGUAGAAAAAAUUCCAGUGAUUGAACUGUUUUUAGUAUUGAGGUUUUAAGCUUGAAAAAUGAACACAGAAAUUCUGCAUAAAAGAUGUCUUUUAUUCAAUAAUAAUAAUAAUAUUAAUUAAAGCUAAACAUAUAAUAGUGUAAAAGAAUCUUAAAUGCAAAAAUUGGCAUAUGAAUUAAUAUAUAACUAUUAAUAUCAAUUAAUUUACAUAAAUUAAUUACAAUCUUCACUUAGUUUUAUUACUGUUACAGUAAUAAAGAAAAAAUACUAAUUUACAAAAAUUUUGCCAUUUGCUUGGUACGCAAAACAGGUAAUAAUUUUCAUGAUUCUCAAAAUCCUCUUCUGAUAUGAAAAUAAUUACUGAAAAAUAGUUCAAAUAGUUGUAAGAGCUAUAGUCUGUAAUGAUGAAGUUGGACGUUUCGAUAUGUAAUCUUGGUCUAUAUGCCUUUUCUUUCUUCUGUUUUUACACUGCACAAGAGCAAAGUCAAAAUCCUCCAAUAUCAUUCGUGGGAAUUCGUAAUCUUCCUCAUUGUCGUCGUCUUAAUAAAAAAUUAAUCUGAUAAGUCAGAAGAAUUUGGUUUAAAAUAAAUUGUAUCAGGACUUUGCAUGAUUAAAUCAUGUCCGCGUGGUAUUUUAUUCUACGAAAAAUUGAAAACGAUCUAAUUUAUUGUUUUGAUUAACAGCUAUAAAUGAAUAGGUUUUUUCACGCAAAGACCCGAUUUGUUUUUUAAAAGUCAAAUGAAUUUUUACCAUCACAUUUUUGAAGUAAAUCUGCAAAAAUACUCCUUGAGAGGUAAUUCAGUCCAGGGAAUGCUGUUUUCAAAUAAGCUCUUUGAAUAGGUCUUAACAUGGAUAAACAGUCUAUUUGUAAAGAUGCCGGCAUCGAGCAAGAGCAUGUGAGUUUCAUUUUACUUUUUGCUGCUGUAGAACAGAUCAUGGGAUAUAACUCCAAUCCUCUCAAGCCUGUGAAAGCAAUACCUGAAAGAAUAUCACGUACGUGGUUAAGUUACAUGACACUUGUUAAUAGAAAAUUUGUCUGUAAGUUAAAACAUUUUGAUAAUAAAGCUAUAAACAAUGUCAACUAUUA